UGUGGCUAGGAAGUUCGUCACUGUUUGGUGUUGAAGUUCAGGCGCCUCGAGUUGUUUUCGGUUUAAUUUCUGGUGCAGUUAGAAUUUUGUUUAGGUUCAAAUCAGACUCGAAGCAGAAACGGUGAUCACAGAUAUCAGCAUUGAUAAACAUAUCACUGAAGAUCUUGAUCAUAUUCAUCGCCGCAUCGGAGUCCGUUUAGGACGCGCAACUUGUGUCGAGAUGAGUGUGGAAGCGUACGGGCCGAGUUCUCAAACGCUCACCUUCCUGGACACUGAAGAAGCGGAGCUACUUGGAGCAGAUACCCAGGGCUCGGAGUACGAGUUUACCGAUUUUACCCUACCUAGCCAGACACAAACUCAAGGCCACACCCAGAGUCAGCUGGACAAUCAGGUGAAUGGUCCUAAUGAAGGGCUUCACAAUGGAGGGGUUGAUGAUGUUGCCAAGGCGAGCCAAAUUCUCUCUGAGUUGAACUUUGAGGAGGAUGAAGAGGACACCUAUUACACUAAAGACCUCCCACUGCAUGCCUGCAGUUACUGUGGCAUCCAUGAUCCUGCGUGUGUGGUGUACUGCAACACAAGCAAGAAGUGGUUCUGCAAUGGACGUGGCAAUACAUCUGGCAGCCACAUCGUAAACCACUUGGUGAGAGCCAAAUGCAAAGAGGUGACUCUGCACAAAGACGGGCCGUUGGGCGAGACGGUGCUGGAGUGCUACAACUGUGGCUGUCGCAACGUCUUCCUCCUGGGCUUCAUACCCGCCAAGGCCGACUCUGUGGUGGUGCUGCUGUGCAGGCAGCCAUGUGCCAGUCAGAGCAGCCUGAAAGACAUAAACUGGGACAGUUCCCAGUGGCAGCCACUGAUCCAGGACCGCUGCUUCCUGUCCUGGCUGGUAAAGAUCCCCUCGGAGCAGGAGCAGCUCCGGGCCCGACAGAUUACCGCCCAACAGAUCAACAAGCUAGAGGAGCUCUGGAAGGACAAUCCAACAGCCACUCUGGAGGAUCUGGAGAAGCCCGGUGUAGACGAGGAGCCUCAACAUGUGCUGCUGCGCUACGAGGAUGCCUACCAGUACCAGAACAUCUUCGGCCCCCUUGUCAAACUGGAGGCAGACUACGACAAAAAGCUUAAAGAGUCCCAGACCCAAGAUAAUAUAACGGUCAGGUGGGACCUGGGGCUGAAUAAAAAGCGGAUUGCCUAUUUCUCCUUGCCCAAGACGGAUUCAGGUGACAUGCGGCUGAUGCAGGGAGAUGAGAUUUGUCUGCGCUACAAAGGAGACCUGGCUCCACUUUGGAAAGGCAUCGGCCAUGUCAUCAAAGUCCCAGACAACUAUGGAGAUGAGAUUGCUAUAGAAUUGCGCAGCAGUGUCGGAGCACCUGUGGAAACAACCCACGACUACCAGGUGGAUUUCGUGUGGAAGUCCACUUCCUUUGACAGAAUGCAGAGUGCCCUGAAGACCUUUGCUGUGGACGAGACGUCCGUGUCAGGCUACAUCUACCACAAACUGCUGGGCCACGAGGUGGAGGAUGUCAUCAUCAAGUGUCAGCUGCCCAAACGCUUCACUGCCCAGGGCCUGCCCGAUCUCAACCACUCUCAGGUGUAUGCUGUGAAGACUGUGCUGCAAAGACCCCUCAGUCUUAUCCAAGGCCCCCCCGGCACUGGGAAAACUGUCACCUCUGCCACCAUAGUGUACCAGCUUGCCAGGCAGGGCAACGGACCCGUGCUGGUGUGUGCUCCCAGUAACAUCGCGGUGGACCAGCUGACUGAGAAGAUCCACAUGUCAGGUCUGAAGGUGGUCCGGCUGUGUGCUAAGAGCAGAGAGGCCAUCGACUCCCCCGUCUCAUUCCUGGCGCUGCACAACCAGAUCCGCAACAUGGACAGUAUGCCAGAGCUGCAGAAGCUGCAGCAGCUGAAGGAUGAGACCGGGGAGCUGUCGUCUGCUGACGAGAAGCGUUACCGGGCCCUGAAGCGCACCGCUGAGCGAGAGCUGCUCACGAAUGCGGAUGUGAUCUGCUGUACCUGUGUGGGGGCAGGAGAUCCACGCCUGGCCAAGAUGCAGUUUCGCUCCAUCUUGAUUGAUGAGAGCACCCAGGCCACCGAGCCAGAGUGCAUGGUGCCUGUGGUCCUGGGUGCCAAGCAGCUCAUUCUGGUGGGAGACCACUGCCAGCUGGGCCCAGUAGUGAUGUGUAAGAAGGCAGCCAAAGCAGGCCUGUCCCAGUCUCUGUUUGAGCGUCUGGUGGUGCUGGGCAUCAGGCCCAUUCGUCUGCAGGUGCAGUACCGUAUGCACCCGGCCCUCAGCUCUUUCCCCUCCAACAUCUUCUACGAGGGCUCCCUGCAGAAUGGAGUCACUGCUGCUGACCGCAUCAAGAAAGGCUUUGACUUCCAGUGGCCGCAGCCAGACAAGCCCAUGUUCUUCUAUGUAACUCAAGGCCAGGAGGAAAUAGCCAGCUCUGGAACUUCCUACCUGAACAGAACUGAGGCGGCCAACGUGGAGAAGAUCACAACCAGGCUGCUGAAGGCUGGGGCCAAGCCUGACCAGAUAGGCAUCAUCACCCCCUACGAGGGCCAGAGGUCCUACCUGGUGCAGUACAUGCAGUUCAGUGGUUCCCUCCAUACAAAACUCUACCAGGAGGUUGAGAUCGCCAGUGUGGACGCGUUCCAGGGCAGGGAGAAGGACUUUAUCAUCCUGUCGUGCGUACGAGCCAACGAGCACCAGGGCAUCGGCUUCCUCAAUGACCCGCGCCGUCUCAACGUGGCCCUCACCAGAGCCAAGUAUGGGGUGAUCAUUGUGGGCAACCCAAAGGCCCUGUCCAAGCAGCCUCUGUGGAACCACCUUCUCAACUACUACAAGGAGCAGAAGGUUCUGGUGGAGGGACCCCUUAACAACCUGAGAGAGAGCCUGAUGCAGUUCAGCAGGCCCCGCAGGCUGGUCAAUGCCAUCAACCCUGGAGCCCGGUUCAUGAGCACUGCCAUGUAUGAUGCCCGUGAGGCCCUCAUCCCUGGGUCUGCCUACGAAGCAGCGCAGGUUAGACGUCCAUCCAACAUGUAUUUCCAAACCCACGAUCAGAUCGGCAUGAUUGGGACUGGGCCAGCCCACAUGGCGGCCAUGAACAUGCCUAUUCCCUUCAACUUGGUGGUGCCCCCCAUGCCUCCGCCAGGCUACCUGGCCCAGGCCAACGGCCCUGCUGCAGGUCGUGGUGGGGUGCUGAAGGGCAAAGCGGGGCGUGGCGGGCGCCAGAGGACCCGCGGCAUGGGGAACCACGGUAGCAGCGGGCAGGCCAACGGGCACAACAGCCAGGCUAGCCAGGACGUAUCUUCCCAGCCCUUCUCCCAGGGGCCACUCACCCAGGGCUACAUCACCAUGAGUCAGCCCUCCCAGAUGAGCCAGCCUGGCCUCUCCCAGCCUGAACUUUCCCAGGACAGUUAUUUAGGUGACGAGUUCAAGUCCCAGAUCGACGUGGCUCUGUCGCAGGAUUCGACUUACCAGGGUGAACGUGCAUACCAACAUGGUGGAGUGACUGGACUGUCACAGUACUAGAGUGUUGUUGGAAGAGGAGCUAGGCUUGAGCUGAGCUUAGUUCAUCAGCAUUUUAAUCUGGGUAAUAAUAAAAACAAAAAAUGGAGACCUGUUUUCCUCUACAACUGAAGCACCACCGUGUGAAAUCAACAGGGGAGAGAAACCAACCAAUCGCGCGAGAGAAAAAACGGAUGGCCAGGAAGAGGGAACGUGUAGGAGUGAGGGACCACUGCCGGCACAUGGGAACGAAAGCGAGAGGAAGACGGUGGCCAGUGGUCGAGCUGUCGUGAGGAAGACGAAACGAGGAACAACUCCCUCCCUCCACAACCCUUUCCCACCUCACAUUCUAACCUCACACCUCUGUCUGAGAAAAUGACCAGUUAUCCAGAGGACCUUGCUCUUUGAUCAGCUAACAGAGAAAGAAAGACAAGUUCUCAAGCAACUUGGCUGGGGGAGCACUUUCCACUAACUCUCGAAAGCGGAUAACAAGAAAGUAGAGGGGGGAGGGUGUGGAACACUUCAAGCAGGCAACAUAGGAAAUCGUCACCUCAAUGUUGAUCACUUGCGGUGUUGAUCUCAGACCUGAAAUCUCAUCAAAUGACCGCAAGAGGAACAGUCUCCAAGAGGAACAGUCUCCAAGAGGAACAGUCUCCAAGAGGAACAGUCUCCAAGAGGAACAGUCUCCAAGAGGAACAGUGGCAGUUCACAUCGUCGUUCAACUUUGAGUUGAAAAUUUUUCUCCGCUAAAGUCUGAUAAUAAAGAACUUUGAAUUGAAAUGCCUUUGAUGGCCUUCGGAACCAUUUGGCUUUUUCAACAGGUCUUUUCAGAAACAGGUGGUUAACUAGAAGUCUGGUGGAGUUGAGUGGCAUGGGGAUAUCAGAGGAAGGUUUCUGAAGUGGUGAGCUCUGGAUCCAAGAGAUCUUUAAUCAUGAGACUAUUUGUUUUUGAAGUACCUUAUUGCAGAGCGCAAAAGGCAAAAAAUAUUUAAUAGAAAAAUGACCAGCAUUGAAGAAUUUUGACUCAAUAUUAUUUGAAGUUGUAGCAAAGGCUUUUUUGAUCUUUUGAAAGGGGGGGGGGGGGUGCAUGAGAUGUCGCCCGCUGUGCUGUUCAGCGGAUAAUAUUCUAUGUUUUAAAUGUUUUUAUGCUUAGAUUGGCAGCGGCUUUGAAUGAAUGCUUUACUUGGGGGAAUUCCUUGUGGAUGUAAGAUCCAUCUGCAUGAACACUGAGCUAUUAAUGGAAACUGAUUUCCACUAUAGUCUACGCACUUUUGUGUUACUAUUGAAGUUGCAAGUGGCUAGGUGUGAAAUACGCUACAUGGACGAAAGUAUGUGGACACACCUUCAAAUGAGUGGAUUCGGGUAUUUCAGCCACACCCGUUGCUGACCGGUGUAUACAGUCGAGCACACAGCCAUGAAAUCUCCAUAGACAAACAUUGGCAGUAGAAUGG